CGUUUCUAGAACAUGCUGCUGGACCUUGUGCCCGUUCGGCACUUCCGGGCUUCGCUUCGUCUUAUUGACGGUGCUGGCGGCGGCUUGUUUGGUAACUGCAAGUCUGUUUCAUACCGUCAAGAUGGAUAUUGGCGAACAGAUCACCGAGCUAGAGAGCGACCUCCGGGAGAUAAAAUGUGUCAUAGAGAAAUGCGAACGAAAGCGUGUCCGGGACGCCCUGGCCCAGGAGCAAAAGAAAAUCCGAGAGGAGAUUGCUGACAAACGGCGGGAGGCAGAGAAGCGAGUGCCUGCGCCGGCGGCGGCGAUGAGCGGAGCCUCCAAUAAGGCCUAUACCGUCAAGAUCAAUAACUACGGAUGGGACCAGUCGGAUAAUUUUGUAAAAAUCUACAUAACCCUAAAAGGAGUCCAUAAAUUAGCACCUGAAAAUGUGGAAACUAGUUUUACUGAAAGAUCCUUUGAGCUGCUUGUUAAGGACCUUGAUGGGAAGAACCAUCAAAUGACCAUUAACAAUCUUCUUUGUACUAUAAAUGUUACGGAAAGCUGCAGGAAGAUAAAAACGGACAUGGUGUUGGUUAUGUGCAAAAAGAAGAUGCAGAAGAGGUGGGAGUGUUUGACCCAGGUGGAAAAGCAGACCAAAGAUAAAGAGAAGCCCAGCUAUGAUGAGAAUGCAGAUCCUGGCGAGGGCCUCAUGAACAUGCUGAAGAAGAUCUAUUCGGAGGGCGAUGAUGAGAUGAAACGUACCAUCAACAAGGCCUGGACUGAGUCCCAGGAGAAGAAGCUGAAAGGGGAGGCCAUGGACUUCUGAGCCACCAAAGGGUGCGGUGUCUCGCCCUUCUACUGUUACGUGGGGAAGUAAUGCGGCUGACCUGCCAUGGGUCUGGUGCUUUACUGGGAAAACUGCUCCGUCUGUGUACUUCAAAAAUGACAGUAUGUGUGAAGUGACAUAACUGUAGUUACUGAAAUGUAGUUAGACAAUUAUGUUAAUACGUUUGAUUUUGUACUCAGUAUGUUAAUUGGAAAAAACAUGAUUGGAAUGUUUGGAACAAAUAAACCUCGUAUGGAAAA